AAGGAACCAUUUUACUAAUUAAGAAAAAAAAAAAAUCAUCUGUGUAUUGAAUAGCAAGAGAAAACUAGGGUUUAACAACCAGAGGAAAAAGAGUUUGUGCAAAAUCGAACCAUGGCAGAACCAGAAAACAACCUGCAAAUUUCUUCAUCAAUGGAUGAAACCAAUAACAAGCAUAAACAUAAGAAGAAGAAGCACGACAAAAAGAGACCCCGUGAUAUUGUUGAGGAAGAAGAAGAAGAAGAGAAUGUGAAAAAUACUCAUAGCAAUGGAGAAAUCUCGAAAAAGAAGAAGAAGAAUAAGGAGGAGGAGGAGAAUGAAGUGGAAGUAGAAACUGAAUUGGAAGAGAAAAAAGUGAAGAACAAUAGUGGUUCUGGAAUUAUGAGCAAUGAAUCAUUUGCUUCUCUUGAAUUGUCUAAAUCUACUUCUAAAGCUAUUAUGGAUAUGGGAUUCCAAAACAUGACUCAGAUUCAAGCAAGAGCAAUUCCACCACUUUUGAAUGGAAAAAAUGUUCUUGGUGCUGCAAGGACUGGUUCUGGAAAAACUCUUGCCUUUUUAAUUCCUGCUGUUGAGCUUUUGCACAAGCUUAAAUUUAAUCCUCGAGAUGGAGCUGGUGUUGUUGUCAUAUGCCCCACUAGAGAGCUUGCUAUUCAGACGCAUGAUGUUGCCAAGGAGCUUCUAAAGUAUCAUUCACAAACUCUUGGAUUGAUUAUUGGAGGUUCAUCUAGAAAAAGUGAAGCUCAACACCUUGCUAAAGGGGUAAAUAUAUUGGUAGCUACCCCUGGUCGUCUUCUGGAUCAUCUUCAAAAUACUAAGAAAUUCAUUCAUAAUAAACUGAAGUGCCUCAUUAUUGAUGAAGCUGACAGGAUAUUGGAAGCAAAUUUUGAGGAUGAAUUGAAGCAGAUUCUCAAGAUCCUCCCAAAGGACAGGCAGACAGCUUUAUUUUCAGCUACACAAACAAAGAAGGUUGAAGAUCUUGCUCGCCUGUCAUUUCAAGAGACUCCUAUCUAUAUUGAUGUAGACGAUGGAAGAAAGAAGGUCACAAAUGAAGGAUUGCUUCAGGGUUAUGUUAUUGUCCCCUGCGCCAAGCGAUUAUUGGUUCUCUAUUCCUUCUUGAAGAGGCAUCACUCGAAAAAAGUGAUGGUCUUUUUCUCUUCAUGCAACAGUGUCAAAUUCCAUGCAGACGUUUUUAAUCACAUCAAUUUGCAUUGUGCAAGUAUUCAUGGAAAACAAAAGCAACAGACCCGGACAACUACUUUCCUUGACUUCUGCAAAGCAGAAAAAGGGGUCUUGCUCUGUACUGAUGUUGCUGCUCGUGGACUGCACAUACCUGAUGUGGACUGGAUUGUGCAGUAUGAUCCACCUGAUGAACCAAAGGAAUAUAUCCACAGGGUUGGUAGAACAGCUCGUGGGGAAGGUGGAAAAGGAAAUGCUUUACUUUUCCUGAUUCCUGAAGAAUUGAAAUUUCUUUGCUAUCUGAAGGAAGCUAAGGUCCCUGUGAAAGAAUAUGCUUAUGAUGAAAAGAAGGUGGCAAAUGUACAGUCUCACCUGGAGAAUAUUGUUGGUGAAAAUUAUUUUUUGAACAAAAUGGCUAAAGAAGCUUAUAGAUCAUACCUAUUAGCAUACAAUUCACAUUCCAUGAAGGAUAUAUUCAGUGUGAAAUGCCUUGAUUUGCAGGAAGUUGCUGUUUCAUUCUGUUUUUCGAACCCUCCAAAUGUGAGCAUUAACAUAGACAGCGGCAAUCAAAGGAAGAAAACACGUAAAGUUGAUGGAAGUAGACAUGGAUUCAACCCAAACAAUCCUUAUGGAAAGCGAAAUGCUGAUGAUAAGCGACAAUUUGUGAGGCACUGACAGUAAACAUGCUAUGACUUUAUACAGUCGAAAAGUUUUGGUAGAAUUUUAUACAAUCAGAUUCUGUAACUUAUUAGUCAAGUUAGUCUGACAUAAGAUUAUUCAAGAGAUCAGAUUUUUUUUCAACUGGAAAUAUGUUUCCGUAUUCUUGCCUUGUAUACCUGAAUUAUAGCACCCCAUUCAUAUGUUUCCAGUUUGUGAUUAUUUUAUUGUUGUUAGUUCUAUCAUGAACUUUCAUAUAGCUUCUUCAAAACAAUGUAACUAAAGUACUAAAACUAAGUUCAAUUGAUCA